AUGCUGGCGACCACAGUGGAGCUCGACGCGUUCGAGAAGGUGAAGAAGGCAAUCGACGAUAUGAUCGUGAUGCUGAAGAAGCAGACGGAGGACGAGGUUAAGAAGCACGAUUGGUGCAAGGCUGAGUUCAAGGAGAACGAGAUGACCACGCUGAAGACGGAGGACCGCAAGGCAGACCUCGAGGCCAAGAUUGCCGAGCUGGAGUCCACCAUCAAGGCGCUCGAAGCCGACAUCGCCAAGGCCACGGAGGACAUCGAAAAGGCGGGCCAGGACUGGGCUCGCGAGUGGGUGAGAGGCUGA